AUGGACGCUACAGAGGACCUGAGGCAGACUAUCGCUCGCUUGCUCCCGAACGGGCUCGGCGCGAAGGGCGAUGAGGAGCGCAACCCGGUCGUCUUCCCCGCCCGCAACUUGCACGUCCUCCUCGCCGUUUCUGGCAGCGUGGCGAGCAUCAAGGCGCCCCUCAUCGUACGAGAACUGCUCAAGCACGACAAAGUGGACGUCCAAGUUGUCGCUACCAAGUCUGCGACGCACUUCUUCGAUGCUACCGAGAUUGAGAAGGCGUACUCGGGUCGAGUGAGGGUCUGGACAGACGCGGAUGAGUGGGCGGGCUGGAACCAGAUUGGCGACCCCGUCCUGCAUAUCGAGCUCCGCCGUUGGGCAGACGUCGUCCUCGUCGCUCCUUGCUCCGCCAAUACUCUCGCCAAGAUCACGAGCGGAAUCUGCGACAACAUCCUUGUACGGCACGAGCUUUACCCGUCAUUGUUCACGCCGAACCUGACCUGCUCUGUCGCGCAGACCUCCUUCCUUCGCGCCCUGCCGACGUUCGUACCCGUCCACCUCUUCCCAGCAAUGAACACGCACAUGUACUCGCACCCUCUCACUGCGAAGCAGCUCAAGAUGGUGCAGGAAGAGCUCGGGUACAAGGUCCAUGGGCCGAUCGGGAAGAAGCUGGCUUGCGGAGACAUCGGCAUUGGUGCGAUGACGGAGUGGAGCGACAUCGUGCAGCUUGUCGUCAACGAGUAUGGGCUCAAGCGUCGGGAAGAGGCGUCGUGA